AUGUCAGGUUUUAAGAAGUUCACAGAUUUUUUAUUUUCUAAACAAUCGUUGAGAUAUGUUUGUACGACCCAUUUUUGGGGACCUGUUUCCAAUUUUGGUAUCCCUGUCGCUGCCAUGUUGGACUUGAAGAAAGAUGCGGAUUUAAUUAGUGGACCAAUGACAGGUUCUUUGAUUAUAUACUCAUUGGUUUUCAUGAGAUAUUCUAUGGCUGUGACACCUCAAAACUACUUAUUGUUUGGUUGUCAUUUUGUGAAUGAAGCAGCUCAAUUAGCACAAGGAUUUAGAUGGGUCAAGAACCAUUAUGAAAAAAAUCCAGAAAUUGCCAGCUCUGAAAGCAAAUGA